AUGUUGGACGCUUUCGAAAUCCUCACUACUUCUGGCGUGGUGUUGUGGUCAAGGUCUUCUUCCAACAUCGGUGCAAGCGCAGUCAACAGUUUGAUCAACGAUGUCUUUAUCGAGGAAAAAGUCCGACCGAAUGUAGCCCGCUCGAGCAAUCCUACCUACAAACAUGACAAAUACACCUUGAAAUAUACUUUGGUGAAGGAUCUGGGUCUGAUAUUUGUGGCCGUCUACCAAUCCCUUCUCCACCUGACAUGGGUGGACAAAUUGCUCGACGAUAUUCGAACCAUCUUUGUGGAAGUCUACAGAGGACAGUUGGAAGAACUUGAUUACGCCGCCCUGAAAUAUCCCUUUGAUAAGUACUUUGAUGAAGAGCUGCGCAGACUGGAUCAAAGUACAGGCGGAGCAGUCACACAAAUUCCUCGAGUCGAACUGCAGGAAGAAAAGAAAAUUAUCGCAGAAGAAGGAGACACGGGAGGCCCUCCACCGCCGGAGUUACCUCAAUUUCUCAAGGCACAGCCACGUGCUGUGCCGGCGGUGAAUGGAGACUCGACACAGAGUACUCCCGUCCAUUCACCUGAAACGUCCCGUCCCACCACUCCUCUUUCCGGAAUUGCGGGACAUCUGUUGACCGAAAAAGGAAGGCCAGGUAGUCGUGGGUCUCGAAGAGCAAGAAAAGCAGCCCACGCUGCGACAUCCGCCAAUAUUUCUUCUGGAGACGAGUCGAGAAAACCCAGAACAGUCAAAACAACGACUAAGAAAGGACGAGUUUGGGGACCAGAUGGAAUGGCUGAUGAAGCCGAGGACGUGACUCUUGACUAUUCGAUCGUUGACUCUGAUGCGAACGGAGGGACAGGGAGGAGAUCAUCGCCGCCAGAGACGAUCAGUCAAGAAAGUUGGGGCACGAAGAACAAACAAGGUCAAUUUAUCCUGAAAGAUCUUGGCGAUGAAGUUACGAAUAUUCUCAAGUCAGCGGAUUCGAACAAAGCGGAGACGAAUGGAACGGGAACCUCGAAAUUUGGAGCCAUAUCCGGUUACUUUAGAAAUAUUGUUGGAGGCAAAACCUUGACCAAACAAGAUUUGGACAAACCACUGAAAUCGAUGGAAGAGCAUUUGAUCAACAAGAACGUGGCACGCGAUGCUGCAAUCCGACUUUGCCAGGGAGUAGAGGCGGAAAUGGUUGGGAAGAAGACUGGAGCAUUUGAAUCCAUCGACACGGCCUUGAGACCAGCAUUGGAGAACUCCCUCAAAAGAAUCCUCACCCCCCGGUCCUCCUUAGAUCUUCUCCAACAAAUCAACACCGUUGUGAAUCCAUCAGGAGCUAAAGCCCAACCUCGUCCAUUCGUCAUGACAAUCCUCGGAGUCAACGGUGUCGGAAAAUCAACGAACUUGUCCAAGCUAUGCUAUUUCCUUCUCCAAAACAACUACCGCGUCCUUAUCGCUGCUGGGGACACCUUUCGGUCCGGUGCCGUCGAACAAUUGAACGUCCAUGUUCGAAACCUGAAAGAACUCACUGCCCGAGAAAACCUGGGCGCAGUCGAUAUUUACGAACGAGGAUACGGCAAGGACGCAGCCAACGUGGCUAAGGAUGCCGUCACGUUUGCCGCGGCGAACCACUACCAAGUCGUCCUGAUCGAUACGGCCGGUCGAGCGCAUACAAACACCCAACUGAUGGCGUCGUUGGAGAAGUUGGUCGAUUUGGCCAAUCCGGAUUUAAUCUUGCAAGUCGCAGAGGCACUUGUGGGCAAUGAUUCAGUGGGCCAAGCGCAGAAUUUCACCAAGGCUCUGGGUAAGAAUCGCAGACUGGACGGAUUCAUUGUCUCUAAGGUCGAUACCGUUGGUUCCGGCAUCGGGACCAUGAUCAGUUUGGUCCAUGCAACUUCGGUGCCUGUCCAAUUCAUUGGCGUGGGCCAACAUUAUGGAGAUCUCAGGCAGUUGUCUGUUCCUUGGGCCGUGAAUAUGUUGAUGAACUGA